UAUGUCCUGGCAACACUAUAUAUAUUUUUUUUAUUCUUAACUUUCGAUUCGUGCUAACAGAACGCGCGCUAGCUUUUAUCGAGUGAUUACUAAAUAAAUAAACAUUUGGAAGUAGAGAAACCUAUUGUUUGUGUACUUACGUUUAUUGGGUCGUAAUAUUUGUAUUUAGGUUAAAUACGAGAAAAAAUAUUAACAAUGGCUCUGGGCGGUGGAAUGUCUUGUGUAAAAUAUCUUCUUUUCCUUUUCAACCUUCUAUUUGCGAUCACUGGCUUGAUCAUUCUCAUAGUGGGCAUCAAGGCGGAAGUGAAUUCCUCACCGUACAUCGACCUGACAGAUGAGAACUUUUACACCUCGGCGCCUGUUGUGAUGAUAAUAGUGGGCAUCAUUGUCUUUGUGGUUGCCUUCUUCGGGUGCUGCGGUGCCGUCAAGGAGAAUCAUUGCAUGAUCAUCACGUUCUCGGUGUUCUUGCUGAUUAUCUUCCUGGCCGAGCUGGGAGUCGGCAUCGCGGGCUACGUGAAGCACAAGGACUUGGAGAACAGCAUCUUGCGCCACCUGAACGACACAAUCAAGGACUACCCGACAAAUCCCGACGUGCAGCGCACCUUCGAUAUCAUCCAGACCGACUUGAAAUGCUGCGGCAUCAAUGGACCGAAUGACUGGGAAAACAACAAGCUGCCGAUACCAAACACAUGCUGUGAUGGCCAAGUGAUAACUAACGGUACCCCGGCCGAAUGUAGCAUCAACUCUCCUACCCUGCACAAUAAAGGUUGCCUCGCUGAAGUUGUCUCGCAUUUGCAAGAAAUAGCUGCGGUCCUCGGCGGCGUUGGUAUAGGCAUAGCUAUUGUACAGCUUCUGGGCGUCAUAUUCGCUUGUUGCCUCGCCCGUUCGAUCCGCAGCCAGUACGAAACAGUAUAAUUUGGAACAAAUGCAACCAAUCUCAAUGUCUGUAGAAGUUAGUCUAUAAGAUAAAAUUAUAUUUUUGAAACAUGUGAUUUGUAAAACUUAUAAGUUCAAUCUAUGUGUAUAUGUAGCUUAUUGUUGCAAAUGGAGAUUUAUUUUUUAGUUCUUUUAUCUGAUUAUUUUAUGUGCGUUAUUUAAAAUAGAUCUCUCUAAACUUAUUUUUUAAUACCUCGAAUACAUUGAUCAAAUAUUUCCUACAUCACCAGCAAAAGCAGUGUGGAAAUUAAAAUUAGUGGAUAUAAUUAUUGGUGUGAACAAGCACAGUGCACGGUAUUUGACAUUUUUCACAUGAAAAACACGAGUGCUCAGUGUAAGACUGAUUUUCCAAAUAGAUUAUUUCCAAAUGCCAAAAUCAAUCUGUAUUAAUUUUGUGUUACCUACAUCUUUGUAUUAAUCGAACAAAAGUCCGUUUGAAUGGAUAUUUCAUUGUAGUAAUAUGUAAGUUAAAUAUUAUCGGUGUUACAACCGUUAUUUAUUACUAUUGUAUCUCUACAAAUAUAUUUCUUUUAUAUCUCUUUCAUAUUAUAAACUUAGAUCAGUGUUUUAUAGUGUUUCUAGAAAUGUAUACUACUAUUUAUAAUAAAAAUUCACAUUAUCUAGCA